UGAGGAUGAAGAUGCUCUUGUACAGAAGUUUUGAGGCCUUUGUGACACUUUCUCUCUUCGCUGUCACCUUCUGGGUUAUGCCUUCAAGCUGUAACUUCAGCAAGAUGAAAAAUUCCAUCAAGAUUUUGAAUCCACCCUCAAAACCCAUCUUUAGAUACUUCCUUCAAGUCCAGUACUCCUGUAUCCACCCUUCUGUUGCCUCCUUGGAAGUACUCGCUUCUUCAGAAAACAAAAUUGGUUUCCGCACUUUCAUAAAACAUUGGAGUUGUAUUACCAACACUCCAAAGAUCAAGAGGAUUCACUUGGAUCUUCCAGACAGCAUUGUCUUCCGAGAAGACUGGUUGAUUCGCAAGUCUUUGAUAAUACUGAACGUCAUGCUUCGAGUCUGGCUCACUAAAGGCACUUCUCCUGGACCCUAUCAAAAUGGCAGUGCUAAAAUGGCCAUUGAUCUUCAGCCACUUCCCCCACUUAGUCGACCUUUCAAACAACACAACCUGUGCCCUCGCUGGGAUGUUUAUCUGCUGUGGCAAUUGAAGAAAGACAUCAUUCCACAAUGCAGUGUGGAAGAAGAGACAUCACAUUUCCUGAGCACUGUGUAUGCAUCAACUGGAGAAAAGUUUGGGAUUGUCAGGACGUUUCAUCCAUUCACCCACGAGUCUCUGGAGGAAAUGAGAGCGAGGUCUACAGCAUAUCCUUGGUGUACCUUCUCCACCUGGGUAUUUUUGAUUAAGCCCUGCAAGGAGAGACUCUGUGCAAUUCUUCAUCACAUUGACUGGAAAAGGAAUUAUGCCAGUCCUGUCCUCUUCCUUAACAAUAGAGGUCUUCUGCACAUCCAAGUCCAUGGUCAGUCUGGAGAAUCCACUGCUGUUCUAAGUGAAUUUCAUCUUCCCCUUCUGCAAUGGUGCCACCUGAACAUGGAGGUCCAAGGCAGGCAGGUGAACCUUACUAUGAAAUGUAACUUGGAGCACACAGUGACAUAUAGAAUGGUUCAUGUGUUCCAGCACAUGAUCUUCAUGGAUGACACACAUGGAUACUUUGUACUUGGAGGAGGGAAGUUUGUCCAAGGGAUCGAAGGUUUUUAUGGCCCCACUUUGUACUUCAGGAACAGAAUUUCUCACGUCGCACAGAAUUCCACUUUGCCCCAAAUCAUCCAGGAUCUGAAUUUUACUGCCUGGUUUUCCUCCUGCCAUGGAUUCAGAAACCAGCUAUCUACAAUGAUGGAAAGAAUGGCAAAGAAGAUGAAGAAUAAAGGUCAAGCUGAUAGCUGCUCUGAUGUGUACAGUACCUGGCUUUCUAGAAGGGUCCCAUCCUCACUGCAGCCUUUGUGUCAGCCGUGGGAGGCACCUGUUCAUUCCCGAAGAGGCACUGCUGCUAGAAUAUUCCAGAAGCUGAUUGCCAGAAAUGGUGCUUCUCCUGCUAACUUUGAGAUUGUAGGAAAGACCCUCUACUCGAAAUACCUUAAACGAGUGAUAAAAGGAGACUUGAGAAAGGCCAAUGCCUUAAUGCCCAUACUUUUGCAGGCUGGAUGCCUGGGUGACCAUAAUGCCCUGUAUCUUUCAUCUGUUCUCUACCAAACAGGCCUGGUGGUCACUAAGCGGCCACUUAAGGCUGCGUUGCUGUCUCUUUUGGCUGCUCAGAUGGACUCUCGACUAGCCCUGCUACACCUAGGACAUCGGCACCACCAGGGGGUUCCUGGAGCUCCUCUGGACCAAGCACUCGCCUAUGCCUACUACUCCAAUUUAGCCGCACAAACAUCUCUGGACAGGCAGAACCCAAGUCCAUCACAGGUCUAUGUGGAGUCCAUUCACCUCAAAGAUGAGGAAGUGUUGAAACAGCAGACUCAUGAAGAUGAUGACCUUUUUCUGUGGCUUAAAUACCAAGCUCAGAGGGGUGUUGCAGAUGCUCAGCAAACACUAGGAAGGAUGUUGUUUUGGGGCCAGCAGGGAAUUUCAACAAAUCUUCGAGCAGCUGCCAAGUAUUAUGAAAGUGGAGCAACAAAGCUGGAAAACCCAGUGUCCAUGUAUGACUACGGCAUCGUCCUUCUAAAGGGCCAAGGAGUGACACAGGACAUACCAAAGGCUGUACAUUUCCUGAAUAAAGCUGCAAAUCUGGAAUUUGUCCCUGCAAUCAAUGCACUCGGCUGGUAUUAUGAGACAUACGAGCACAAUUAUAAAAAGGCCGUGCAGUUCUGGGAGCGAGCCGACUCCAUGGGAUGCUCUGAGGCGCCUUUCAACCUGGGAGUUAUGUAUUCACUUGGAUUGUACCCUGGCCAACCCCCAGAUCAGUUUUUGGCUUACAUUUACUACCUAAAGUCUGCUAGAAGGGGUCAUAUAGAUGGAGCCAUCCAAGUUGCUGACCUGUGGAUGCAGGGCAUUCAAGGACUGGUGCCCACAGCGCCUCAAGAUGCAGUAUUGUGGACUAAGUGGGUGUCGGAGCAGAAUGGUUACCUGGGAGCUCUCCUACGUCAAUCCCUUGACGCUUAUCUUCGGCAGGAAUGGUCAGCUGCACUGAUUUUUUACUUAAUGGCAGCCGAGACUGGCUAUGCAACAGCCCAGUUCAAUAUGGCCUUCAUCUGUGAGCAGAAUCUGGGUGGCCUUCUGAAUCCAGACUUCAAAGCGGAGUGCAUCUGGAGAUACUAUAACCUGUCCAUCAGUAAUCAGAAUCCAGUUCCUUACGCACUAAUAAAAAUGGGGGAUUUGUUAUAUGCUGGUCAUGGUGCAUUCAAGCAGGAUUUAAGAGCCGCAGCAGAGAUGUAUAAAGAAGCUGCCUUAAGGAACGAUCCUCAGGGCUGGUACAGUCUGGGCCUACUGAUCCAGGAGGGGGUUUCUCUCACUGAGACUGUCCUGACAGAGCUGGGUUUAACAGAACACCAGAGAGACGACCAACACACUCUUCUCACUGAGCUCUACCAGAGAUGUAGAGAUCACGAGAGUGAGGAGUCCUACCUGCCCUGCAGCCUGGCUCUUCUACAGUACCAGAUGAAGCUUCUCUGGAAUCAACACAGCACUGCACUCAAGUUUUCAAGUGUCAUCGGCAUUGCAGUUGUGUCCAGUCUGACCUUCUUAACUAUCCUGACAAGAGUCCGAGGUGCGUCCUCUACCAAUGUUUAAUUCGUCUGUUACUUUAAAGCUUACCACCACUAGAAGACUCCACAAAGGCAUCCCCUUCUGCCCUUAAGAGACUGCAGGUACCAUUACACAGACUGGGCCUUAGGCCAUCGCGGCUGUCCUCUGCUUCACUGGGUUUGCAGCCCCGGAGGAUGACACGGAGGAAGAGCCUUUCUACAGCUCUUCAUGUGAAAAAGUCACUCUUGUUCCAGAAAACCAGCAUGGCUUCUUUAGGAUGGCUUGGGUGUCACUGCAGAUGGUGAUAAGAAUUCAGCUCUGUGUUACUCUUAUGGGUUAUGGAGUCUGAAAGUCUUCAAGUGUAAAAAAUGUGUCUGUUCUAUGAGCCCAUAACACAUCCUUUACCUCAAAGUGUUUUUUUUUUUACCUAAA